CCCCCGCCCUUUACAUUCGCUGCCAAGGGAAGCUAGUAACCAAAAACAAAACAUCGAGGAGGAAGAAGGGGAGGAAAAGUUGUGCACCGGGAGCUGGUCCCCGCUGGCAACCGCAUCCGCACCCCCUCCCCCUGCCCGCGCCUUGGGAUCGCCCUUUGAUGUCUAGGGGAGAUACCGGGAUCGGGGCGGGGUCCGAGGGCUUCCAAGCCCGCCCAGGAGGGCCUUGGCUGGGGCCGAGUCCUGCUCGGGCGAGCGAACCGAGGAAAACGACUUCCGAUCCCGCAUUGCCGCCGCUCCCGUUUGGGAUUUGAUUUGCAUCAUCUCAGGAGCCCAUAAAACAAAACGGAAAAAGCAGCAGCCCCCCCGCCCCCCCCGGAGACACACGCCCAGACGCACACCCACACCCUCGCCCCGACACCGCCAGGCGCACGCCCCGCACCAUGCCGCUGCGCGGAAGGACUCCCCCCGCCGGCCUGCGCGCUUGAUGCCAGUGCCCAGGACGGCCUCCCGGCGCGGCGGCUCCCCCGGCUGAGGCUGCGGCGGCGGCUCUGGGCCGCGCGCUAGCGAACAGAAGCCGCCGCUCGGCCCGGCCCCGGCCGCCCCGCCCGGCCCCCUGCAUCUGCAUGCGCCCGCGCGCGGCCGCCCCCCCCAGCCCGCAGCCUUCGCACGCACCGCGGCGGCCCGGGGCGCCGCGUUCCGCCGGCAGAGCCGGCCGCCCCCGCCCGAGGCACCCUCGGGGGCUCCAGCCUGCGGGGUCCGGUUUUUCCCUUGGGAGCCGACUUGGGGAGGAACCAUGACGUCUCCGGCCAAAUUCAAGAAGGAUAAGGAGAUCAUCGCGGAGUACGACACCCAGGUCAAAGAGAUCCGUGCCCAGCUCACGGAACAGAUGAAAUGCUUAGACCAACAGUGUGAGCUACGAGUACAGCUGUUGCAGGAUCUUCAGGACUUCUUCCGAAAGAAGGCUGAAAUUGAAAUGGACUACUCCCGAAACUUGGAGAAGCUGGCAGAGCGCUUCCUGGCCAAGACGCGGAGCACCAAGGACCAGCAGUUCAAGAAGGAUCAGAACGUGCUCUCACCAGUUAACUGCUGGAACCUCCUCUUGAACCAAGUGAAACGAGAGAGCAGGGAUCACACCACGCUGAGCGACAUAUACCUGAAUAACAUCAUUCCCCGCUUUGUUCAAGUCAGUGAAGACUCUGGAAGGCUCUUUAAAAAGAGCAAAGAAGUCGGCCAGCAGCUCCAGGAUGAUUUGAUGAAGGUCUUGAACGAGCUGUAUUCGGUGAUGAAGACGUAUCACAUGUACAAUGCUGACAGCAUCAGUGCCCAGAGUAAGCUGAAAGAGGCCGAAAAGCAGGAAGAGAAGCAGAUUGGCAAAUCAGUGAAGCAGGAGGACCGCCAGACGCCUCGAUCCCCAGACUCCACCUCCAACGUUCGCAUUGAGGAGAAGCAUGUCCGCAGGAGCUCCGUCAAGAAGAUUGAGAAGAUGAAGGAGAAGCGCCAAGCCAAGUACACGGAGAAUAAGCUGAAGGCCAUUAAAGCCCGGAAUGAGUACUUGCUGGCUCUGGAGGCGACCAACGCGUCUGUCUUCAAGUACUACAUCCACGACCUCUCCGACCUCAUUGAUCAGUGUUGUGACCUAGGAUACCACGCCAGCCUGAACCGGGCCCUGCGCACUUUCCUGUCAGCCGAGCUCAAUCUGGAACAGUCAAAACACGAGGGCCUGGACGCCAUUGAAAAUGCUGUCGAAAACUUAGAUGCUACCAGUGAUAAGCAGCGACUGAUGGAGAUGUACAACAAUGUCUUCUGCCCACCUAUGAAGUUUGAGUUCCAGCCCCACAUGGGCGAUAUGGCCUCCCAGCUGUGUGCCCAGCAGCCGGUCCAGAGUGAGCUGGUGCAGAGGUGCCAGCAGCUGCAGUCGCGCUUGUCUACUCUCAAGAUCGAGAACGAAGAGGUGAAAAAGACGAUGGAAGCCACUCUGCAGACCAUUCAAGACAUCGUGACCAUUGAGGACUUCGACGUGUCUGACUGCUUCCAGUACAGCAACUCCAUGGAGUCUGUCAAGUCUACUGUCUCAGAAACCUUCAUGAGCAAGCCCAGUAUUGCCAAGAGGAGGGCCAACCAGCAGGAGACGGAACAGUUCUACUUCACGAAAAUGAAGGAGUAUUUGGAGGGCAGGAACCUCAUCACCAAGCUUCAGGCCAAGCACGACCUCCUCCAGAAAACCCUGGGAGAAAGUCAGCGGACAGACUGCUCUCUGGCCAGCCGACGGAGCUCAACAAUAAGGAAACAGGACUCAAGUCAAGCGAUUCCUCUUGUGGUGGAGAGCUGCAUCCGCUUCAUCAGCAGACAUGGGCUGCAACAUGAAGGGAUAUUCCGGGUCUCUGGCUCCCAAGUGGAGGUGAACGACAUCAAAAACGCCUUUGAGAGAGGAGAGGACCCGCUGGCCGGAGACCAGAAUGACCAUGACAUGGAUUCCAUAGCAGGUGUUCUGAAGCUUUAUUUCCGGGGGCUGGAACACCCCCUCUUCCCCAAGGACAUCUUCCCUGACUUGAUGUCCUGUGUCAGUAUGGAUAACCUUCAGGAGAGAGCACUGCACAUCCGGAAAGUCCUCCUGGUCCUGCCCCAGACAACGCUGGUCAUCAUGAGAUACCUCUUCGCCUUCCUCAGUCAUUUAUCACAGUUCAGUGAAGAGAACAUGAUGGAUCCCUACAACCUCGCCAUCUGCUUUGGGCCCACGCUGAUGUCGGUGCCCGAAGGCCAUGACCAGGUCUCCUGCCAGGCCCAUGUGAACGAGCUCAUCAAAACCAUCAUCAUCCAGCAUGAGAACAUCUUCCCGAGCCCCAGGGAGCUGGAGGGCCCCGUCUACAGCACAGGAGGAAGCAUGGAGGAUUAUUGUGAAAGCCCCCACGGAGAGACUACCUCAGCUGAAGACUCGGCCCAGGACAUCGCUGUGGACCACCACACCAGUGAUGAUGAGUGUGAGCCCAUUGAGGCCAUUGCCAAGUUUGACUACAUUGGCCGGACAGCCCGGGAACUGUCCUUCAAGAAGGGAGCCUCCUUGCUGCUGUACCACAGGGCUUCUGAUGACUGGUGGGAGGGCCGACACAACGGCAUCGACGGACUCAUCCCUCAUCAAUACAUCGUGGUCCAAGACACCGAGGACGGUGUCGCAGAGAGGUCCAGCCCCAAGUCUGAGAUUGAGGUCAUGUGUGAGCCACCUGAAGAAAAGGUGACCGCCAGAGCGGGGGCCAGCUGUCCCAGUGGGGGUCAUGUGGCCGAUAUUUAUCUGGCAAACAUCAACAAGCAAAGGAAGCGGCCGGAGUCUGGGAACAUCAGAAAAGCCUUCCGGCAGAGUGAAGGCCAUGGACUAAGCAGCCCCCUCCUGGAUUCCUCCUCCCCAGGGCGCCCCUCCUCCCAACCUGUUAUCAGCCAGAGCCUCCCCAAGGAGGGGCCUGAUAAGUGUUCCGCCAGCGCGCACGGGGGUCUCAACUCCAUCAGCCGACACUCCUCUCUGAAGAAUCGGCUCGACAGCCCCCAGAUCCGGAAGACGGUGACAGCCGGGAGGUCCAAGAGCUUCAACAACCAUCGUCCCAUGGACCCUGAGGUCAUUGCACAGGAUAUUGAGGCCACAAUGAAUUCCGCCCUGAACGAACUCCGGGAGCUCGAGCGGCAGAGCAACGUGAAGCACACGCCGGACGUGGUCCUGGAUACCCUGGAGCCCCUCAAGACCUCCCCGGUGGUGGCGCCGACUUCGGAGCCCUCUAGCCCUCUGCACACCCAGCUCCUCAAGGACCCCGAACCCGCCUUCCAGCGCAGCGCCAGUACAGCUGGGGAUAUCCCCUGUGCUUUCCGGCCGGUCAAGUCGGUCAAGAUGGCCGCCCCGGUCAAGCCGCCGGCCACGCGGCCCAAGCCGGUGGUCUUCCCCAAGACCAGUGCCACCAGCCCUGGCGUCAGUUCUUCAGCCUCCCCACAGCCCACCGACAAGUCUUGUACGGUCUGAUGGACACCGUUUGGUUGUUCCACACACGGGGACUUGAGGAACCGGAGACUGUUAUUAAAAUCUUCCUAUUUAACUAGCUUGGGGACUUCAGCUGAAAAUUAGAUUCUAAGUUAUUCCUGCAGGAAUAGACUUCCCAGCAGCCCGAACCCUUGAGAAUGAAGCUCUUCCUGUCUCCUUCCCUGCCCCCCCCCAUCCCCCUUCCUUAGCUUCCCUUGGUCAGUCAUAAUCCAGCCAGCUACAGUAUAUACCAGUCUUAGGCAAUAGCCAGAAAUAGAUCUUUCCAUUAUCAGGUCACUGUGAAACCUGGCAAGGCAAAUGGGAAAAGCGUGACUCGCAUCUCUGUCCUCCUCAGCCACCGAGGAUGCCUUGCCGCAGUGGUUGGCUGCUGAGCUCCCCCCCCCUCAGCGGCACCAUGUUUGGGUACUGGUUAACGUGAGUUACGUAGUCUCUGCUUCGUCUCUCGCUCACACGCGCCGACAGCUGUAGGUCACCAUAGUCUCUGGCACGUGUGGGCUCUCCUGGUCCCGUGACCCGCGGCCGCAUCCUCGUACGUGACCGUGGCAGCGCACAGUGAGCACCAGGGUCUGUCUGUUUCCGUUACAAACCCUAUUUGUCUGGGACAGGAGAACUCAGCCAUAGAAAUCUCUCUUAGUAAAUGAAACUUAAUCAGGAUGGGACUCAAAGCCGAAGCUCCAGGUGGGCUCGGGGGAAUUCUCUCUUCGGCCUCUUUUUACUUGGUGGUUUGGUUGGUUGGUGUUUACAUUUACCCCUUCAUCCUCCGUAACUGCAGCCAAACUCUCUGUUAGGUCAUUCUCCCUUGUAAAAUUUACCUGAAUGAUACAUCCCCGUUAGAUGGGAGAAGGGGCAUCCUACUUCCACUUUCCACACCAGAAGGAACACCCUGAAGACGGCUUCAGUGAGUGGGCCCUUGAAAAUUAUUGUAAGAGAGUUUCAUCGUAUUCAGGACAGGUUUGGGAAAGGUAGCUGCUGGGUUGUAGCUCUUACUUCUUUUGGAGACAUGAUACUCGAGACUUAUUAUCCUGAAGUCCAUUGGCAGUCAGGCGGUCUCAUUCAAAAAAUCUAGUGAAGUUAUAAAGUAGAAUUGGUCCCUAGAAGAAAGGUGGCUCAGAUCCCACUUGUCAAUGACCACUCAGUGACCUUCAGCCUGUAUCUUCCGGCUUUGGUUAUUACCCAGUGACUCUCACUGGAAAUAGAUGGGAGCGCUCGGUGAGACUGUGGGAAUGUCAAAAGCCAUCUGCUGCCAAUUUUGUCAGCAGCCAUCUGGGUACACCUGUCUUGGUUAUAUUUUGAUUCCAUAAACCAAGAAGUCUCCCUGAGAGUGAAAUCUGGGUUUGCUGUCAGCAGCUGGGAAGGUUAACUAAACUUGUGAAUAAGGUAUGGGCCGAUGGGCUAACAGUUUCUUUCCUGUUGAUGCUCUCUGGCCCUUCUCUGCUGCCAACAUAAAAGGUCAAGGUGAUUUCCCCAUCUGCUUUAAGCCAGUCUACCAAAUUCUAGGCUGAAAAACCAAAUGACUUAGAGCUCUUAGGUCUCAGAUAAAGUUCUUAAUUAAAGCUGAAAUCCAUGUGUCUUACCUUAGAACCACAGAAACCAUGUUUUCUGAUUUGGGAAUAUUAUUCCUUACUUGAUAACUAUUUGGUGAUUUAAGAGAGCAAUAUGAUAAUUGGAAAUCUAAAUGUCCCCAUCUUUGGCUCAAAACAUACAUCCUAAAUGACUUUUUUUUUCUCCUUUAAAUGGUUUGAAGUCAGAUCCAUCAGAGGUAGCAUUCCUUUACCCUGCACUUAGCAGAAGCUUUGGAACAUGGAGGGCAAAGGCCCCAAGAGACAGAAGGGGAGACCCAGUGGAUUCCUUUGGUGACCUGACCAAACCUGGAAGAAGUGACUUAGACCCACAGGCCUUGUUGAGCAGUCAGCUGCCAGGUUUAGUAACUUGCAGGGAGGAUGAAGUUUGUUCUCAGUCCUGAGCCUCCAGGGGAUGCCACCCCUAGGGAUCUUUUUCCCUUGGGGCAAGGAGAGCCUCAUUCUUCACUCUACAUUCCUUAGGUGACAGCUGGGAGAUCCUUCUCACCCCAUCUGAGUUGGAAUCCACACCUUCCAUUUUACUCCCACCCUCCCCAGCCUCAGGAACUGGUGGGGAAGCUUUCUCAAAACACCAUCUAUGGCUCUGUUCUGUUACUUCUGGCCUUCUUUCCUUUUCGGGUGCUCGACAUCCCUUCCGUUCCCCAUCCCACCCAGCCGACACCCGCCUGCUGAUUGGCACCGUGAGCUGAGCAGUGUGUGAUGGAGAACCUACAGUUCAAAGGCUUAGCCCCCUACGCUCUUGGGCGAUGGGGGUGGACUCGUCUUCCCCCUCUCGGGUGCUCCUAGCACCGGGGAGAUCGCUGGUCCUGCCACAGGGACUUGGAGAGCUCACCUAGGCAGGGCCCAGUGCAAUCAACUGGAAUGGAGGUGACACACUGUGAUUUUUACACCAACCUGGCAGCCAGCAGCCCAAGGGACGCUGCAGAGAGAGCCCUCUGCCAGUGUCCCGGCCCAAACCAGCGGAACACCCUGAAGAGAACCCCUCCCCACCUCUGUGGUAUGAGUUGUGGACCUGGAGGGCAGGGACAGGAAUUCUUCUUGGGGAGAGAGGUUCUUGAACAGGGGCCUGCACCCUGCCCAGAAGAAAAAAGAACAAUGAAUUAAUUACACCCAACAGCCUGCUGGCCCGACCCCCAUCCCCCAGGGAUGGGGCUGGCCAAGGGAUGGACAGACCACUUUGGAAGGGCUGGUAUAGAUGUACUUCCUAUUCAGAAGAGAUAUUAGAUCUUCCAGGGAAAUGCAAUGUUGUGGCGUAUGACUUGUAUGUAACGUUUGUGUAAAAUGGUAUAUUCUUUAAAACAAUUGUGUUGAUAACUGGAAUAAUGUAUGUAUGUAUGCUUGGAAAUGCUUUGUAUGAACAUAAGGCUGUCACUCAACAAAGGUUGGAUUGGGGAGAAUCCAAAGCACAACUUCAAAAUAAAAUACAUUUUUAGGUUA